GUUCACCCAUUAUAAUAGGUCCAUUGUAACGCAAUGUGAUUGAACCAGCACACAAUAGCGGGAAAUUUGAAAAGCUCAUGGGACGGACGAGAUAGGAAUGCAAGCCGUUCAAUGAAUGAAUUUACACAGCGGAUACUUCGUGUUCAAAAUAACAAGACAUCUUCUUUUUCCUGAUAUUUCUGCGUAUUUGAGGAAUAAUCAAUAAUGGAUACCGGAAUUGAUUUCGGAUAUGAUUUCAAUGAUUGGCGAUAACGGCCGUGAUGGCAGAUGACAUUCCUGUGAUCAUAUACUGAUAGUUCAAGGGACCUGAGAUGCGUUUAUGACGUUUUAUCAGACAAGAUUUGUCGGAGAGAACACCCGAAAACUCCUUCCACGGAACGUUGAGGGCAAUACUUCCAGCCAAAGAGAGGAGGCAUUGUGAAAAGAAGCAUGGCAUUCCAAUGGAGGUUUGAAGUAAAGUUAAGCCCGCCCUCAAGAAUGUCUGACGGUCUGAUAUCUGAAGGGACGCGGAGAAGUUUAAGAAGGAGAUGGAGAAUGCCAAGACAAGGAAGCACGGAGUGCUAUUUUGAGAGCAUAGCUCUGAAAUGUAGGGUUCGCAGCAGAAGCAGUCCAACAGCAAGCACAUAUACCUGGUAUACGAAUGAGGAGGUGUCAUGCUGGAAGAUGAACUCAGAACUCCGGUCAAGGGUCAAGAAAAUGCCCAGAAAUAUACCAUCAGAAGCAGUGCCAUCUCGCUCCGUGCACAACAUGGAUCCACCCUCGAUCUGGUAUAAGUAG